GUCUGUGUGGGUGUACUUCAGGAUGGUGGCUUGGGUUCAUGUUCUUGAGGAAAAUGUUCAUUUCGGGGCAAAUUAAAACUGUAUCGAACUAUUGAGUCGCUAUUCUGGUGCCCGUCUGCAGCAUGCAGUCGUCUAAAUGACGAUAAUGCCGUUAGCAGCUCCAUGAAUUGAGUGCAACUGUGAAUUCCUCGUCAAAGAUGGCUUUACUCGGGCCCAUUCUUUGUUUUGUUUUCGCACUCUCAGUUUUUGGAAGUGAAGCAGAAAGUAACAAUUGCGUGAAACCAUGUUCUUGUCUUGGUCACAUCAUGGACUGCAGCAACGCUACAUUUGCAGUGCCGCCGGACGUGCCGUCAUGGGUCAAAGUGCUUGACCUGAGCUCUGACAAAUUGAAGGGGAAAAGCUUUGAACCUCUACGUCAUCUGGUGGACCUAACCGAACUGAAACUCAGUCAUAAUGAAUUCAGUGACAUUCCUGACCUUCCAUCUAGUCUGAUCCAUUUAUCAUCCUUGGUUUUGUCUCACAACCAAAUUAACAUCACCUCUUCAGGGGCCAAAACUUUGUAUAAGUUGCCUUUGCUUGCAACACUUGAUCUCAGCAACAAUUACAUCACUCACCUUUCUGGUUCUAUUUUUUCGAAUACUUCCAGUUUGAAAGAAUUGAACCUUAACAAUAAUGGAAUUCACAGACUGGAAGGUGGACAGUUAGAAGGACUUACGAACUUGCAGGACUUGCGCAUCAAUAAGAAUAAGCUCAAAAACAUUUCCAAUGAUGCAUUUAAACACUUGAAAGCUCUGCAAAAUCUUGAUCUGAAUCGGAACCAACUGACUACAUUAGAGAGUCUCACAUUUCAAGACUUGGCUCAGCUAACAACAUUACGCAUUAGACGGAAUAAUAUUGCUCACCUGGAUGAUGGUGUGUUCUGGGGAUUGAAAAAUAUCUCCACUCUGCUCUUGGAUCAUAAUAAUGUGGCCAACAUAUCUAAAUCGUGGCUGUAUGGGCUCGACUCUCUCCAUUUGCUAAAUCUCAGUCAUAAUCAUGUUAAAGAGCUGGAUCUUGAGUGUUGGAGCUUUACUUCCAAUCUCCUUGAGCUUGAUUUGUCUCACAAUCAAAUAAAGAUGAUUGGAAGAAACUCACUUAACCAUUUGUCAAAGCUGCAAAGGUUGAAACUGAAUGUGAAUCACAUUUUCUACAUAGAGGAGGGAGCUUUUAAUCACACUCCUGAGCUUAAUGAACUGGAAUUGAAUGGAAAUAGCCUGUCUUGGGCUGGUGAAGAAAUGAAUGGAAUCUUCAAUAGCCUCACUAAACUUGAAAUCUUGAGUCUUGCUGAAAACCGGAUCAGCUCCAUCAAUUACCUGGCAUUUGAUGGGGUCACCAACUUGAGAGUACUUAAUUUGGCAGACAAUAGCCUUCUCUCUAUUCAAGAAAAUCCAUGGCUGCAUAUGUCAAGCUUAACUCAACUAUCUCUCAAUGUCUCUACUUUAAUGUGUGACUGUUCCUUGGGUUGGUUGCCAGUUUGGCUUAAAAAGCAAUCAUUUGCAAAUGAAACUCAUCCAACUUGUGCUUAUCCCUACUCACUGCAAGGAAUAUCUGUUAAAAAUAUUCCCCCUGAAAACUUCUCAUGUGAUGGAAUUCCAAAUCCACACAUUAUUGAAGAACCAAAGUCGAAGAUGGUUCUUCUUGGAUCUAAUGUUACUCUUCAGUGUCGUGCAAACUCCUCUUCAGAUGAAAAAAUAACUUUUCGUUGGAAGAGGGAUAACAUAGAAGUGAAGAGCUCUCUUGGAAUGUCUAUCAAGUACAAUUUCCGUAUCAACUCUGAUUCCAAGGAGCAAACAUCCGAACUCCACAUUUAUAAUGCUUCGCUCAGAGAUGCUGGCAUUUAUCAAUGCUUUUCCUCUAAUAGUUAUGGGUCUGCUCAUUCUGGGAAAGCAAAUGUGUCUGUUGUUGUUUUUCCAAAGUUUACCAAGAUUCCUGAAGAUUUGCAAGUGAAGACAGGGAGCAUAGCACGUUUGCCGUGUGCAGCUGAGGGUCUUCCUGAACCUAAAAUGUCGUGGCAGAAGGAUGGAGGCAACGAUUUUCCAGCUGCUCGUGAACGUAGGAUGCACGUCAUGCCAGAUGAUGAUGUGUUCUUCAUUGUUAACGUGAAACCCUUUGAUAUGGGUGUUUACAGUUGUAUGGCCCACAACGAUGCUGGGGUUAAUGUCACCAAUGCAUCGCUUACAAUUUUAGAGACUCCAUCAUUCCUCAAGUUAAUGGAGAACAAAGAGGUCCGUGUGGGGCAGGCAGUUGUUUUGGAGUGUUUAUCCACUGGUUCUCCGAGGCCAAGUUUAAAAUGGCGCAAAGAUGGAAUUGAACUUAGACCAUCAGACAGGUACCAUUUUACAGCAGAGGAUGAACUCCUCAUCAUUAGGAAUACCCAGCCUGAGGAUGCUGGUAGAUAUGAAUGUGAGCUUUCCAACCCUCUUGGUUCUGAAAGAGGCCAUUCUAAGCUGACAAUCAUUCCAGCAUCUGGAUCUUUAAUUAUUAAUGAUGAUAUGGCUGGCAUUAUAGUCAUUGCCGUAGUUUGCUGUGCUGUGUGCACUUCAGUUGUGUGGGUCAUCAUUAUCUAUCAAACUCGCAAACACAUGACUCGAUCACCACCACCCGCUGGCAAUUCUGGUGUAGGACUAUCCCAUACUGUAGAUCUGAAGUUAACAUCAGAUACCUCUCCUGUUCCACUCUUGGUCUAUGGUCAUCCUGGAGGACAGAUUGCUAAUCAGGUGGAUACAGACUCCGAACAUUCAAGCAGCAAAGACAGUGGCACAGGUGACUCCAAAAGAAGUCACAGCCAUGAGGAGCUUCUACCACCACCAGAAUCAUUGCUACAGGCUAGAAGCUCAGAGGCAGGAGAUGAUUGUGAUGGGGACUCUUCUGAUGUUGACAAUACAAGUCCAGCAGUCCAAAGAUUAGUUGGUCCUGCGAGGUCGCCUGUAAAGGCUCCUCCCUAUGUGGCAAGUGUUAAGCAUCCUAACCGUCAAAGAAGAACAAACCAUGAUAGGUGUUAUAGACUUAGUAUGAGUAAUCAAACUGCAACAGUGCAUGCCCCAAGACCCACAAGCUAUCACUGUUUGCCCUUGGGCCCCUCUGCUCCGCCACCACCUCAGGAAGUGUAGAGUUGAGUCCAACUUCUCCAUUUUUUUACCACCUCUUUUUUCGUUAUUUUUGUCAGUAUUUACAAGUCUCAUCGUUUUUAAUAACUUUUGUAAAGCGAGGUCUUCUAAAAUUUCUUUUGGAUAGAAGUAUUUGCCAUACUUCUCUUCAAUCUGUGGUUGAUACAAAGACAGCUGUUAGUAUUAUACCUUUGUUAUGAAUGUGAUAUUAUGUGAUAAGUUGCUUAGAAAUGUGUUUAUCCUCGCUUUGAGACUUAUGGUGAGUUGUUUUUGUGGAGCAGAGGGUUAUGUAUUGUUUGAAGCACUGAUAAUGUUCCUAAGUCUGUAUGUACCAUUGUAAUAUUUACAUUUUUGUAUGUAUUUACUCAUGUAUAAAUGUAUUAAUGUUUUGUUUAUUUUGUCUUGACUAAAAGGCAUUGACAGAUAAAUUUCUGCCUUAAAUGCUGCAGCUAGAUAGCUUUGACAAGACUGAUUAUAUUGACUGAACUUAAGUUUUGAUGUGCCUGCAAAGUCUGUGCUUUCCAAAAUUUUGGAAAAAAAAGUUCAUAUUGUUCAGAUGACGCUAUUGUAAGUGCAGAACUGAUUGCCUCUUUUCCUCUAUCUUUUUGCUUGAUGAAAUGUGAAGUAAUCAGUUUUUUGUUCCUAUUUACAUGAAUGAGGCUCUUUGCAGAUGAGCUCAAAUGUACCACUUGCUUAAUGCCUUUAUUUUCAAGUGUGUUACAAAUUACUAUUUUCUCGUGUUUGAUAUGACCCUAAUAUUAUGAAAAAGGUAAUGAUGCUUAACAAUGCUUGCGGUUUGUUUUACUGAGGAUUGAAUGCCUGGGUGUACUAUUUUAGGUAGCCUUUUUCUAAAAAAAGUGCAUUGUUAAUCAUUCCACUGUGUAGUUACACUGUUAAAAUUUUGUAAAUCUUUUUGCGAAUUAUUAGUUUUUAGGGGGAUUUUGUUAACCUGACUGACAAUAAUACAUGUUAACUGUCAGUAUUAUAUACUCAGUUUUUGUCUCCAAAGAACUAUGUACGACCGUACUGACACUGUCAUCUAAUGAAGCCCCAAAGGCUUAACUGUUCCACUUCAUAGCCCACUGAAGUGUAUUAAGUAGUAAUCUACUUCAAAAUUUGAACUGAAACCAUGACUAUAUUGUUUAUGGCUUUAUCUUAAAAGAUCGGUCUGAUGAUUGUAACAGCUGUGGUAAAUAGUUGUGACACAUUUGUUAACCAAAUUAAUUAAUGUAAGAGUAAUGAAAACAUUAAACUCUCCUUAGGGGCCAGUAUCGUCUUUUGGAUUUUACAGAAUGAGCCUAUUUUCUUAUUUAACUAAAGAUGUUUCAGAGUUUACCCAGACUUAUUUUGAAAUUUGUCUGUGUACUUAUCGGUAAACAAUGUUGCCUGCAGUGUCUUAAGCCUUUUUGAUUGAAAUAAACAUGUUUUUCUACCAAUGAA